AUGGACACAUUUUUAACCCGCCUGACGCAGCAGGCAAUGAACUAUGCGAUUCGCUCUGGUAUCGCUAUCACAGCUAGCUACGCAAUCCGCCAGUCAUCGAGAUUACUACAAGUCAUCUCGCCAGCAAUUGACAUGAUCGAGUUGAUUGCUGCACGUGGAAAUACAUCUCUAGAGUCUGCGGUUUCCCUCACUAAGUCCCUCCGACUGGAUAUCCAGUCACUAGGCCAGCGGCUAGCUACUGCGGCUCAAUCUGAAGAGCAGAUUCAGAAAGGGGGAAAGUCUCCUCGAGACUUUUCGAGAAGCAAAGAACUGAUCAUUCUUAUCAUCCAAGAUAUAAAGAGGCUUCUAGUUCGAAUCGAAGAUGCGGUCCCGCUUAUGAAUUUAGCUAUCACGACUUCAGGGGCGAAGCUGUCCACUAACCUUCCCUCAACAAUAUCGCCUUCCAGAUUGCUACAGGCGAGCACAUUUCUCACUGCCGGAGACACGCAGUACUCCAUUUCCCCAUCACAAGCAGUUCAAAUUGGCCCUACUUUCACCAUCUCAGUGUACAUGCUUUUUGCGAGUCAUCUACGUCCUCCCGACGAAGAAAGUAUUCGCGAAACGACAUGGAAGGAAGUCAUGCAUAAGGCCCGCUUGAAAUUACGGCGAGUCCCGAUGGAUAUGGCAAUCCUUCCAGAAAAUCGGCCGCCGAUGCUGCAACUUCCUGCAGAGGGGCGAGUCGAUGAAUAUGCCUAUCAAAUUUUGGUGGUAGAGGACCUAGAUGAUGGCAGGGUCCAUACAUUCAAUGAAAAUGAUCCUCAGCCUCAGAGUUAUGAAGAGAUCGACACUGCAGGGAUUCGUGACAUUAUACCCAUCCAUCAGAUCUCGAAAAUAUUUUACGCGGACACUGGCAAGAUUCUUAAUAUCAGCACCGAAGGCGAAGCAAAUAAUCCGGUCCUCUUGUUGAAGCGAGACGUGAAUGCCAUUCCACCGCGACGUAUGAUUGAACGAGAUAUGGCUGGCUCUGACGCUGCAAAUGAACCAAAUCUUGACGAAGUGGACGAAGUGCAGGCGCAAUUGGAUGCUCAGUUGAUCGGAUCCAGCUCAACCUCCCCAUGCCCUAGCUUCCAUGAAAACUCCAUCCCCGAGGAGUGGAGAUUGCCCAAAGGUCUUGAUCCGGAAUGGAUUGCCUUGGAGGUUUACAACGAGGAUGAUGAGUUAGAAACAGAGUCAGAUGAGGAAGACUCAAGGUCCCCCGACUCUAGGAAAAUGGCACAGCUCUCCAUAAACCCAGACAGCAAAUCUCCCCACACAUCCUCCCCGCAGCCAGAUAAGUCUCAAGGCACGAAUACAGUCUCAAACCCUCUCUUCAAUAAUAUCCGUACUUCUCUCUCACUCCUCGAAACACUUCUGCGCCUGACAUCCCUCCAACAAUUCCAACAACUAUCACAUUUAUCAAUCAGUGAUGAACUACUCAACUUCUUCUUAGAAGAGUCUGCAACCACCGGUGCCGGAGGAGACGAGCAAUAUCGCCAACGGCUCCGGGCUGAUGCAAGGCGAAGGGUAGGCUGGGACCCAUAUGAUGAAAGCCCAGUAAAGCGACGAGGCGAAGAGUAUCAAUCCACUGGAAUGCCGGAAGGUGCCUCAAUCGGGUACUCUCGAGAGACGAGCGAGGCCCCCUAUACACCCACGGAGAGGAUUCGGGGAUAUCAGCUUCGCUCGAGGGAGGGCACACCGGAAACUCCUUCACAAGUGAGACGGUCUGUUCCGAGAACGAGUGAUUUGAGGCCGAAUAAUGGAACGCGAGGCUCCCCAGUACGUACAGACGAGUAG